CGCAUACGCAUACACACUCAAGGCAAGGCAAGGCAAAGUGCCCUAGCAGCCAUUUUGAAAAAUCGGCUUCUUAGGCAACUCGAACAGAUGCUCUGGCACAUAGCGCCGCCGAUCGUCAGACAGUGAAGCUGUAUUCGCGUUCUGUCCGUCCUGGCUAAACGUAGCUUUUACUGGUUGAGUUGAUAUCAGAACAAAUCAGACAAAUCCUGAGCUGAGCUAGAAAGGACUAAGUGUGUUUUUGAAAAUUCGGUAGAAUUAGUUUGUGUGAAAAAUUGAAAUUCGUGGAAAACGGUUCAAAACGUGCUUGUGCUUGAAAACAUUGUAGCUGAAGUAUCCAUUUCGAAAACGUUGUAAGAUAAAUGUAGAAAACGCAAACAGCAAAAAAAAAUUAAAAAUAUAAAAAAUUAGCAAAUAAUCACAAAAGGAAGUGUAUCCCUGUAGUUGUUGCUGUAUAUUUACGUAAUUUAAGCCCACGCUCCACGCUCUACCAUCAGCAAUUUGAAGUAGUUAAGACAUCACCAAUACUACCGCAUCUCGCAGACACUUCGCAACAGUCACCAGUCAGUCACUUUCUUCAUAAAAAUCAUAUAUAGUAAACCAAAAAAAAAAAAAAACAGUCAAAGUGAUUUUCCUAAGGCAAUACAUCGAAGACCUCCGCAAGAUUAUUGAGGAGAAGAUGUCGAUCAAUCCAAAUGGAUAUAAACUGUCCGAUAAAACGGCGCGGCUCACGGCACAUGACCUGCUGCCGACUACAGUCAGCGCCACUGCUGAAACCCGAGAGUUCCUCCAAAAGGUCAUCGAUGUCCUCUUGGAUUUCGUGAAGGCGACCAACGAUCGCAACGAGAAGGUGCUUGAGUUCCAUCAUCCAGAGGAAAUGAAAACGCUUAUCAACUUGGAGAUACCUGAUCGCGCAGUGACGUUGCAGCAGUUGAUUGAGGAUUGCGCCACUACACUCAAAUAUCAGGUGAAGACUGGACAUCCACACUUCUUCAAUCAGCUAUCAUGUGGAUUGGAUAUCGUCUCCAUGGCUGGCGAGUGGUUGACUGCAACUGCCAAUACCAACAUGUUCACAUACGAGAUUGCUCCCGUUUUCAUAUUAAUGGAGAAUGUGGUACUAUCGAAAAUGCGUCAAAUCAUUGGCUGGGAAGGCGGUGACUCAAUAUUGGCACCAGGCGGCUCGAUCUCCAACUUGUAUGCCUUCCUGGCCGCGCGUCACAAAAUGUUCCCCAACUACAAGGAGCACGGAGCCGCCGGCCUGCCCGGCCAACUGGUAAUGUUCACCUCUGAUCAAUGUCACUAUUCGGUAAAGUCUUGCGCUGCCGUGUGCGGUCUCGGCACAGAUCACUGUGUGAUGGUGCCCUCAGAUGAGCAUGGCAAGAUGAUCAUCCCGGAAUUGGAGCGUUUAAUAUUGGAACGAAAGGCCAAGGGUCACAUUCCAUUCUUCGUAAACGCCACCGCCGGUACCACAGUAUUGGGUGCCUUCGACAACAUCAACCAGAUUGCGGAUAUUUGUCAAAAGUACAACUGCUGGUUACACAUUGAUGCCGCUUGGGGUGGUGGUCUGCUCUUGUCGCGCAAAUAUCGUCAUCCCCGACUCUCUGGGAUUGAGAGAGCUGACUCGGUCACCUGGAAUCCACAUAAAUUGAUGGGCGCCCUAUUGCAAUGCUCUACCAUACACUUUAAGGAGGAUGGUCUAUUGAUUAGCUGUAAUCAGAUGUCAGCCGAGUAUCUUUUCAUGACCGACAAGCAAUAUGACAUCAGCUACGACACAGGCGACAAGGUCAUCCAGUGCGGCCGGCACAACGAUAUCUUCAAAUUGUGGCUACAGUGGCGCUCCAAGGGCAAUGAGGGAUUCGAGCGUCAGCAGGACCGUUUAAUGCAACUUGCCGAGUAUCAAGUGAAGCGCAUCAAGGAGCAGUCAGAUCGCUUCCAUCUGAUACUCGAGCCGGAGUUGGUGAAUGUUUCUUUCUGGUAUAUACCAAAGCGUUUGCGCGGCGUUCCACACGAUAAGAGGAAGGAAGCUGAAUUGGCAAAGAUUUGCCCCGUCAUCAAGGGGCGCAUGAUGCAGAAGGGUACAUUGAUGGUCGGCUAUCAGCCAGACGAUCGGCGGCCAAAUUUCUUCCGUUCGAUCAUCUCGUCUGCCGCAGUGACCGAGCAGGAUGUUGAUUUUAUGUUGGAGGAAAUGCAUCGGUUAGGUGACGACUUGUAAAGGAACACACACACAAAAAAUUAACUGUCUCCGCUGGUUCAGCUCACUUACAUACAUACAUAUGUAUAUGUAUGUAUGUAUGUGACUGUACAGUUGCAAUCCAAAGCAGAGCUACAGGCUGGGCCCUAUGGAAGGAAGGAAGGAGGUGGAAAAAUUAGUUCAAUUAACGAAAAAUCAAGCAGACGAAAAACGCAAACAAGCAACAAAACAAAAUAAAAAAAAUGUUAGAAAAUAUUAGAAAUUAUUAUUUAGCAAAAAAUCUACAUAUAUCAACCAAGAACUAUCUUUAAGGUAAAAGCAUAUCAAAAGAAUGUUGUUGGCGCUCAAGUGGCGCAUCCAUUUUCAUUAUACAUUUAGUAACUAUAUACAUAUAUAUAUAUAUAUAUAUAGUGGUUAUCAUUAUCAGAUCAGAUGUAUACUCACGCACUUAAGCACUUAA